AUGAAUGACAGAGACUGUGACCAAUCACAGCCCCCUAAACGCGCCCCGGUGUUCCCGCCCACCGCGGAGAUCCCCGCGCGUCACGUGGAGGGGGAAAUGCCACCGCAGCUUCUGCUUUCGGCCGCGGGUGCCGCCCCCGCCUCCCCGGGCGGGCAGAGCUCGGGGGGCUCCCGCGCCCUCCGAAAGCGGAACCGGGGCCGCCCCGCGGGCCGAGCGGGGCCGGUUCCUCUUUCGGAGCGCGGGCGGCGCCCGGCGGCGCCCCGGGCCAUGGAGCCCCCGCGGCGGGUGCGCCUCAAGCCCUGGCUGGUGGCCCAGGUCAGCAGCCGCCGCUUCCCGGGCCUGCGCUGGCUCGACCCCGAGCGCCGCCGCUUCGUCAUCCCCUGGGGACACGCCACCAGGAACCCCCCGGGGCCCCAGGACCACGACACCAUCUUCAAGGCGUGGGCGCAGGAGACGGGCCGGUUCCGCGCCGGGGACCCGCCGGACCCGCCCCGCUGGAAGGCCACGCUGCGCUGCGCCCUCAACAAGAGCCGCGAGUUCCGGCUGCUGCUGGACGGGCCCCGCGGCUCCCCGGCGCAGCCCUUCCGCAUCUACGAGCUCUGCGAGGAGCCCCCCGGCGGCGCAGACGGCGGGGAUGAGGAUGACUAUGGCUGCAGCGGGGAGGAAGACGUCAGCCAGCUGCACAAGAUGACAUCUCUGAGCAUCGAUGACUCGCAGCACGGGGGGGACCUGCUGCCCCCCUACCCCUGGCCCAAGGAGGAGGCUCCCCCCUUUGCCGGCCAUUGCCCCCCGGGGGGGCCCUUUGGGGGUCCCGCCCCGGCGCUGCUGCAGGGGGAGGCGGGGGGCACCCAGGGACCCCCUGAGCUGCUCCCGGGGGCCCUCGCUGAGAUGGGGCCCCCCCUGGGCCCCCCGGGACCCUCGUCCAGCUGCCCGGUGGCACCCACAGAGCACCUGAUCCCCGACCUGCUCGUGAGCCCCCACAUGCUGCCACUGACUGACCUGGAGCUCAAGUUCCAGUACCGGGGCCGCCAGGUGUGUGCCCUGACCGUGAGCAACCCGCACGGCUGCCGGCUGUUCCACAGCAGCCUGGAGCCCACGCGGGAGCAGGAGGAGCUCUUCGGGCCGCUGACGCUGGAGCAGGUGCCCUUCCCUGCUCCCGACACCAUUCCCAACGAGAAGCAGCGCUUCUACACCCACCAGCUGCUGGACGUGCUGGACCGAGGGCUCAUCCUGGAGCUGCAGGGCCAGGACCUCUUCGCCCUCCGCCUGUGCCAGUGCAAGGUCUUCUGGACUGGGCCCUGUGCCGCGCCCCAGCCCGGCCCCAACCCCAUCCAGAGGGAGACAAGGACCAAGCUCUUCAGCCUCGAGGGCUUCCUCAACGGCCUCAUCCAGUUCCAGAAGGGGCAGACCCCCACGCCGCCCCCCUUCGAGAUCUUCCUCUGCUUCGGCGAGGAGUGGCCAGACCAGAAGCCCAAGGAGAAGAAGCUGAUCACGGUGCAGGUGGUGCCGGUGGCGGCGCGGCUGCUGCUCGAGAUGUUCUCCGGGGAGCUGUCGUGGUCGGCCGACAGCAUCCCGCUGCAGAUCUCGCACCCCGACCUCAAGGACAGGAUGGUGGAGCAGUUCAAGGAGCUGCACCAGCUGUGGCAGAGCCAGCAGCGGCUGCCGCCGGCGCAGCCCCCGCCCGGCCCCGCCGCGGGGCCCUGGGCGCUGCCCCCCGGGCCCCUGCCCCACUGA